AUGGCUACAAAUAUUACUUGGCAUCCAAAUCUGACUUUUGAAGAGCGUAAACAGCUUAGAAAACAGUCGGGCGCGACGAUUUGGUUGACAGGUCUUAGCGCUUCUGGUAAAAGUACGAUUGCUUGCGCUCUCGAGCAGCUAUUUCUCAAAGAAAAUAUUGCCGCUUAUAGGCUCGAUGGUGACAAUGUUAGAUUUGGUUUGAAUAAAGACUUGGGCUUUUCCGAGAAAGAUAGAAAUGAAAACAUUCGCAGGAUAUCCGAGGUUUCCAAACUCUUUGCCGACUCGUGCACUAUAGCGAUUACUUCAUUCAUCUCGCCCUACAAGGCUGAUCGAAGUAAGGCCAGAUCCAUUCACAAGGAAGGGAAUCUGGAUUUCAUUGAGGUUUUUGUGGAUGUUCCUCUUCAAACAGCUGAAGAGCGGGAUCCUAAAGGACUUUACAAAAAGGCGAGGGAAGGUAUUAUCAAGGAAUUUACUGGUAUAUCGGCUCCGUACGAGGAGCCCGAUAAUGCUGAAAUACACCUUAGAACUGACAGACAGACCGUCGAAGAAUGCGCCAUACAGAUUUACGAUUACCUUCGCAAAAAAGGGCUCAUUUGA